AUUUUCUAAAACGCGUAUGUUUUGUAGCGGCGCGCAAGUUCUAAAAGUAUUUUAAUGAACCAAAACAUAAAUGAACUGUAAAGCAGUCAGGCAACAUUUUGCCAGCGAGUGCUGCCACCUUUUGUGUUAGUACCAUAAAUAUACGCUAGUGGCGCCACGGUGUACCCAGGCUUUUUACAGUUAUUUUCGCUAUCGUGUGAUCUUUAGUUCUUCAAAAUUUUAUUUGCACGCGUUUUAUGUUUAAAAUUAAUUUGUGAAAUAAUGGCCGCUCAAGAAGAACAAUAUACAAAAUAUUUAAACGAGAAUGGCAUACUGCCGCGAUUGUUGCAAAUACUGGAGCAAUUAGUGAAUAUUGAUCCGUUGCCAACGGAUCCGCUAAUGGAAAUUCUGCACGCACUCGGCUGCCCCCUCAUACCGCAGGCCCAAAUGAAAGCGCUGGAGCGCAAAGUAUCACGGGCACAGGAUGAGCUGCGCUAUCUGCGCCGCGUGCUGAUCGAGCUGGGCGGGCAGGACGAGCUCUACGACAGCGACACGGACGAAAAUGAGUAUGUGGGCCAUGUCGGCGAAAUGGGCGCUGCGCCACUCUACUCGCCAGAUUCCGCCAACGAGGAGGAGCCUGAACAAGUGGAGAAGGAUUGCUCCACGCCCAGACGAACGCCGCAAUCACAGUACAUUUUGGAGGCGUCUUUUGCCAUCAGGGAGGAGCAGCCACAGCACGCAGAAUACGAAGAGGAGCAGCCCUGCUGCAGCCACUCCAUACAGGACAAUGCGCAGCAGUUCUAGAGUUCAACUUAUGUAUCGAGUACAUAUAUCCGCACUCUUAAUAUAUAUUUAUAUAUAUAUGUGUAACGCCUUAUACUGUAUA